AGGUCUUGAAAGGAGCCCCACUCCUCUCUCUCUGGACGUUAGUGCUGCUGUUUUUAUCCAUGUGGGAACUGGAUGCACAAACUGCAGUGGAAACUAGACCCAUGUACAUCUGGCGAACAGGUCCAUGGGGUCGUUGUAUGGGAAGUGAAUGUGGUCCUGGAGGCAGCCAGAGUAGGGCAGUAUGGUGUGCUCAUUCUGAAGGUUGGACCACCCUGCAUACCAACUGUGACCAAGCAGAACGACCAGACAACCAGCAGAGCUGCUUCAGGGUGUGUGACUGGCACAAAGAGCUAUAUGACUGGCAGCUGGGUGCCUGGAACCAGUGUGUGCCAGUGAUGCGCAGUGCAAGGGUGCAGCGUCCUACUAUGUGCACUCAGGGAGAGGAAGGAAUUCAGACCCGUGAGGUGGGCUGUGUUCAAAAAGCAAAGGGUGAGCCUGCAGAAGAUGCAAUCUGUGAAUACUUUGAGCCCAAACCACGCCUAGAGCAGGCCUGUCUUAUCCCAUGUCCUCAGGACUGUGUGGUGUCUGAGUUUAGCCCAUGGACUCCCUGUUCUAAAACCUGCGGGAUAGGGUUACAGAACCGGAUUCGCUUUGUUCUGGCACCACCAUUGUUUGGUGGGGCAGCCUGCCCAAAUCUGACUGAAUUUCAGACAUGCCAGCUAGGUCCCUGUCAGGGAGAAGAGAGCCUUUACAGUCUCAGGGUGGGUCCCUGGGGCCCAUGCACUGUUCCACUGUCAAGGCAAACCAGACAGGCAGACAAACCACCAAGAGAGAGUGAAAAACAACCCAGGGAAAGUGAUAAACUUUCUAAUGAGGGAGACAAACUCUCCAAAGAGGGUGAAAAACCACCCAGAGGAGAUGGCAAACAGACCAGAGAGGGUGAAAAACAGUCAAAAGAAGGAGACAAACAGCCCAAAGAGGGCGAAAAUCCACUUAAAUCCAAAAGAAAACUGGGCUGGGGAAACAGGAAUAGGAAAUCAGAUAGGCCAUUGCGACUGGCUGAUCGGCCGAAACGACAGAAAAAAGCGAAAAACAAAGAAAAAAGAGAGAAAUUAAGAGAGAAAGUCCAAGAGAGGUUAAGGGAGAGGGGCAAAGCAAAGGAUCCUGAGACCAGAGAACUCAUCAAAAAGAAGAGGAACAAGAAUCGUCAGAACCGCCCGGGAGGAAAGUUCUGGGACCUACAAAUCAGUUUUCAGACCAGAGAAGUGACCUGUGUGCAUAAGAGUGGGGCUGUCGAAGCUCUCAGUCUAUGCUCUCAGGAGACUUUGCCAGUGACCUUCCAGGCUUGUGUGAUAACCAAAGACUGUGAUGUGACUGAAUGGUCCAAAUGGUCUGCUUGCACCAAGGAGUGCUAUGACCCCACCAGUCCCAAGGCGGUGCGGACUCGCACUAGAAAAGUGACCCAGUUCCCUGUGGGUGGAGGAAUAGAUUGUCCAGAGUUGGAGGAGAAGGAACCCUGCACCCCCCAGAGUGACGUGGUACCACCCUGCAUUACGUACAGCUGGAAGACCACAGAAUGGACAGAGUGCAAGGUGGACUUGCUACUGAGCCAGCAGGACCGCCGACGUGGAAACCAUACAGGAAUGUGUGGAGGUGGUACUCAGACUAGGGAGGUGUACUGUGUGCAAGCCAGCACUGAUACACCAUCAAACCUUAGCCCUCUCAGGAGCAAAGAAGCACUGCGGCCAGUGGACAGUAAGCUCUGUCUGGGUAUUCCUCCAAACACCACCCAACUCUGCCACAUAAGCUGUCCUGUUGAUUGUGAGGUAUCUUCGUGGAGCAUGUGGGGACCCUGCACGUAUGAAAACUGUCAAGACCAGGUAGCCAAGAAAGGCUUUAAAGUGAGGAAGAGGACAAUCAUCAAUGAACCAACAGGUGGGACAGGAAACUGCCCCCACCUGGUGGAGGCCAUACCAUGUGAAGACCCGAACUGCUACGACUGGCUGGUGGUUAAACUGGAGGACUGUAUCCCAGAUAAUGAGGAGAAGUGUGGACCAGGAACCCAGAUCCCUCAAGUCCAGUGUGUCAAUAGUGAUGGUGAAUAUGUGGAUCGACAACUCUGCCAGGAUGCCAUCCUUCCUAUGCCAUUUAUCUGCGAGGUGCCUUGCCCUAAGGACUGUGCCUUGAGCCCCUGGAGCUCCUGGUCUCUCUGCUCCCAUACCUGCUCUGGAAAGAACACAGAGGGCAAGCAGACCAGAACUCGUUCCAUCCUCGCCUACAAUGCAGGAGAAGGUGGAGUCCCGUGUCCAAACAUCAGUGCUCUGCAGGAGGUGAGGAGAUGCAAUGACCAUCCCUGUACUGUCUACCACUGGCAAACUGGUCCAUGGGGACAAUGCAUCGAGGACUCUUUCAUUCCAUCAACCAACACGUCUGUGGGCCGUACUCGUGGAGAUGAUGUCUCCUGUUCAGUGGGGAUGCAAACCCGCAAAGUCAUCUGUGUCCGGGUGAAUGUGGGCCAGGUUCCUCCCAAAAAGUGUCCAGAGAGUGUUCGUCCAGACACUGUCAGGCCCUGUUUGCUGCCAUGCAAGAGAGACUGUAUUGUCACCCCAUACAGUGAUUGGAGCCCCUGUCCAUCAACGUGUCAGACAGGUGGUAACACUAAAAAGAAGCAAUACAGGAAACGGCUCAUCAUCCAGUUGCCAGCUAACGGAGGACAGGACUGCCCUGAGGUACUGACCCAGGAAAGAGAUUGUGAGACUCCCUCUGUCUGUGAGGGAUACAGAUGGAAAACUCAUAAGUGGCGAAGAUGUCAAUUGGUUCCAUGGUCUGUUCGGGAGGGCAGUCCUGGGAAUCAGGAGCUCUGUGGGCUAGGUCUGCAGGUUCGAGCUGUUUCAUGCCGAAAGCAGGAUGGUGGGCAAGCAGACAUUGAAGCUUGUCUUAAGUUUGCUAGCUCCAUGCCAUCUCUCACCCAACCCUGUCAGGUGCCCUGCCAGGAAGACUGUCAACUCAGCAGCUGGUCCAAGUUUUCUUCCUGUACAGCAGAUUGUGUGGGUGUCAGAACCCGCAAAAGGAUGCUAGUAGGGAGAAGUAGAAAGCAUGACCAGUGUAAAAACAACCAGCUGUAUCCCCUAAGUGAGACCCAGUACUGCCCAUGUAAUAAAUACAAUGCCCAGCCUGUAGGCAACUGGUCGGACUGUAUCCUAUCUGAGGGUGGUCGCAUGGAGGGUCAGCUUGGCAUGAAGGUACAAGGUGACAUCAAAGAGUGUGGCCAAGGGUACCGCUACCAAGCAAUGGUGUGCUAUGACCAAGACAACAGGAUAGUGGAGACUUCUCGAUGCAACAGCCACGGGUAUAUUGAGGAAGCCUGCAUCAUCCCUUGUCCAUCUGACUGCAAACUAAGUGAGUGGUCCAACUGGUCUCGCUGUAGCAAAUCAUGUGGCAGUGGGGUCAAAGUUCGCUCUAAAUGGCUCAGAGAAAAGCCAUACAAUGGUGGCAGACCUUGCCCUAAAUUGGACCAUGUCAAUCAGGCUCAAGUCUAUGAGGUGGUGCCUUGCCUCAGUGACUGUGGACAGUAUGUGUGGGUGGCAGAGCCUUGGAGUGUGUGGAAAGUCAGCAAUGUGGACCUGAAUGACAACUGUGGUGAAGGUGUUCAAACCCGAAACGUCAAGUGUAUGCUGAACACUAUAGACGGGCCCUCUGAACAGGUGGAGGACUACUUGUGUGACCCAGAGGAAAUGCCUUUGGGGGCCCGCAAGAGCCACCUGCCCUGCCCAGAAGACUGUGUGUUGUCAGACUGGGGAGCUUGGAGUCCAUGUCCACUGCCAUGUAGUGAGAACAGCACCCGGGAGAGGAGUGCUUACCCGCUCCGACAGCCAGGAGAAAAGAAGGAGUGUCCUCCCACUAAAGAGACAGAGCCAUGCAAACUCAACAGGAACUGCUUUCACUACACCUACAACAUCACUGAAUGGAGUACCUGUCAGCUCAGUGACAAAGCAGUGUGUGGAAAUGGAAUCAAAACCCGCAUGCUGGACUGUGUGCGUAGUGAUGGUAAAUCUGUAGACCUCAUCUUCUGCAAAGAGCUUGGUCUGGAGAGAAAGUGGCAAAUGAAUGCAUCCUGUGUUGUGGAGUGUCCUGUGAAUUGCCAGCUGUCUGACUGGUCACCAUGGUCUGACUGUAGUCACACAUGUGGACUGGCAGGCAAACUGUGGAGGAGACGGACAGUGAUCCAAGCUCCGCAGGGUGAUGGGAGGCCAUGUCCAUCCCAGAUGGAACAGUGGAAGCCCUGCCUGGUGAAGCCCUGCUACAGGUGGAGAUACAGCGCCUGGUCUGAGUGCAAAUCUGAGGGAGCGAGGUGUGGAGAAGGUCUGAGAUUCAGGAAUGUGUCGUGCUUUGUGUCAGAUGGUUCAGGUCGACAGGAUGGUAGUGUGGUGGACGAUGAACUGUGUGGAGAUUUGGAGCCCUCAGUAGAAGGAAACACACAAAUAGUUCUGCAGGAACCCUGUACUGUACCCUGUCCAGGAGAGUGCUACUUGACAGACUGGACUGUUUGGAGUUCAUGCCAGCUAAGCUGCAUAAAUGGGGUUGACCUGAGCUUUGGUUCAGUCCAAGUUCGAUCUAGAGCUGUGGUGGCCCAGGAUCCUGAGAACCUGCUGCAGUGUCCAGAACAAGAGCUUGAAGCACGACCAUGUACAGACGGUGAAUGUUUUGAUUACAAGUGGAAAAGUGGACCAUGGAGAGGCUCGUCUCGGCACGUCUGGUGUGAGCGUUCAGAUGGUCUCAAUGUCACAGGUGGAUGCCUUACAACAGCCAAACCAAAGGCAGACCGAUCGUGUAACCCACCAUGCACCAAGCCACAGUCCCUGUGCACAGAGGUGGGUGUGUGUGGCUGUGAAGAUGGCUACACUGAAGUAAUGACAUCUGAUGGCUUGCUGGACCAGUGCACUGUCAUUCCAGUGCUAGAGAUCCCCACUGCAGGUGACAACAAGGCUGAUGUUAAGACGAUCCGAGCCUUCAACCCCACUCAGCCUGCAGCCAGCUCACCAGGCAGGGCAGGACGCACCUGGUUCCUGCAGCCCUUUGGUCCAGAUGGGAAGAUGAAAACCUGGGUGUAUGGAGUAGCAGCAGGAGCAUUUGUGCUGCUUGUCUUUAUAAUCUCCAUGACAUACUUAGCAUGCAAAAAGCCAAAGAAGCCACAGAGACGUCAGAUGAACAACAGACUGAAGCCUUUGACUCUGGCUUACGAUGGAGAUGCAGACAUGUAGAAGUCUUCCUGCUCAACGCACAAACAUUUGUCUUCUUUCAGAACUUACGGCAUCGCCGUGGAAACCCUUUGAUAUCAAUGCUGAGAAUCGUUCACAUGCAAAAGAAGAACCUCAAAGAUCAAGACUGACCACAUUCAUUAGCAGCCUUGUUUUCCCCAUCUGUUUUUAAAUGUUCAUUUUGGCAUUUAUUUCACAAGAGCCUUCAUGGAUUCUUUGUUUCCUGCUGAAAGUCCUCCUUUGUUUCUUUGCCAUCUACCACUGCCUGAAAUAUUCAAACAACAGUCACUGAAUAGUGUCUCCCUAGAACAAAUACUGCUGUGAAAAUCAUUCCCUCAUUUUUUUUCACUGCUCAGUGACAUUGCCUUGAUAUCAUUUGUUCUGUGUCAAAUGAACAUUCAGAGCCCUCAGUGUCAUUAUGGCUUCAGUCCAUCUCAUAAGAAAAAUAUGACGAGGAGACAAAAAGGAGCUUAAUAAAUCCCAGAGACAGCAUCACUUCUGCCUGCCUGUCCCUUCUCCAUUUUUCAGGGAUAAUUUUGCACUAUAUUAGUGCAGCAUGAUAUGUACUUAGGUCUAGGUAUGCCUGUCUCAAUACAGAUGUUGUAGAAAUGUACAGAAGUAGGCUUUUUUGCAAACAAAAACUCACCAAUGUUUGUAAUUAAUUUUCUUCUAUUGCCUCUUUUUACAUGAUUUGAUGGGACUUUGUGUAAAUAGGAUUUUUUUUUAAUGUGGUCUCAACUUUAUCUUUCUAUUAUGUCUAGCUAAAUGUUCCAAACUCUGCCAGUUAAUCUCUGACAUUUUUUUUUUUACUAAUUGUAACAACCUUUUCAAUUUCAAUUUAAUUUAUAUAGUGCCAAAUCACAGCAUCAAGGCGCUAAGACCCUAUAAUCAAACCGACCCCCUUUGAACAAGCACUUGGUGACAGUGGGAAGGAAAAACUCCCUUUUAACAGGAAGAAACCUCUGACAGAACAGGCUCAGGGAGGGGCUGGGCCAUAUUUCGUGACCAGUUGGGGGUUGGGUGAUUUUAUCUUUGUAAAUACGUUAUACACAUUAAAAUCUCCUCUGGAAAAUUCAAACAUCAUGAAAGCCUUUAGAUUAUUACAGGGAAAGAACAAAGAAAAAGUCUUUUAAAAACUAAACAUGGAAGAUAAGUUCAUCAUCACAUUGUUUCUUUGAUCUCCAAGAACUCUCAAUUGAGUCCAUCUAAGAAAUAUUACAUUUCACACCAAAUUUUUGACUUUAGUGCUGUUUUUUUUUUAAUUCAUUAUUUAAAAUAAUGGCUUUACCAGUGUCUGCUAAGUUUGGACCACUUGUUAUUUACUUACGAUCAGCUACAAGUGUACAUCUUUAAGCUUAGUUCUGCACCAGUUAUGUGGUGAAUUUCGGAAUCUCUCAGCCGGCCAACUGGUAUUGGCUUCUUUCUGAUAUGUAGCUUAAAAAUAUAAUUUUUCCUCAAAAAUAAUGCAUUGGAAUUUUUUUUUUCUGUGGUUCUUCCCUUUAAAUCUUCUGUAUACCUUUGAUUUUUGACUCAUUUUGAAUUUGACCUCUGCCAGCUGAUAUUGCCUCUCCAGUGUAAUGUUCAUUGUCCAUCAUUUUAUGGAGUCUUCAGCAAUGCAUUUCUCUUAUUGAAAAGUAAUUGGUCUUUCAGCCCUUGAACUUUCUGUAUCAGAGGAUGAUGUCAGAACUUUUCCAGCUUUUCUAUUCAUUUCAAUUACUUUAGGAAGAAUAAUUGUGUAGGAAUGUUUUAAAGUGAAAAUGGCUGAAGUAAGCUGAAGGUCCAGUCGCUCAGAAUGGAUAGUGUUGUAUUUAUUAGUACUGAGACAUUGCCGGAAAAUGGCAGUUUAAUAUUCUGUGGAGUUUGUUUAGUAGUAAAUCAGUGGAAUGUUUAAUUUAUAUUUCUUGGAAAAUGAUUUGUAAAUAAAAUUCUUUUUUUUUUAAAAAAAAAAAAAGAAAAGAAAAGAAACAAACUUGGAAGUGUGAAUGUGAGUGGGCUAAACAUGA